AAAAGGAACACGAAACGGCAAUUUAUGUCUAUUAACGUCAAUAUUCUAAUCGAUGCGCGCGUAUGUGUGCUCAUCUGGCGUUUGAAGUGCGAAACACGUACGAAUAUAAAAUUCUGAAUGCGCAGCGUGUGACCGUCAUAAUAAGCCAACGAUAUCGCAAUGAUCGACGAUACAAUGCAAUGAGUACAUGUUAAUGAACAGAUCGUAAACGACAUCAAAGAAAAUACUAAGAUGGGUUCUGUUCUAAGCUACUUUUUCGGCUACUAUUCGGACAGCGAUACCUUAGAUUCGAAGGUUGGACUGACCAAAAGAGAAAAGAGGCUUGUGAGAGAAACGUGGAAUAUAGUGCGCGUACAGUCGGUCAAAGCCGGCGUAGCUAUUAUGGCAAGCUAUUUCAGAAGAUAUCCGCAAUAUCACCAAGUGUUCCCCGCGUUCAAGCACCUGCCUGUAGACGAGCUAGCGGACAACAAAAAGUUUCAAGCUCACUGUCAAAAUAUCAUGAGCACAUUGAGCAAUUCGAUCGAUGCUUUGGACGAUGCUGACUUGAUGGACGCGAUAUUGCAUUCCACCGGCGAGAGACACGGCCGACGAGGACAAGGUACACAGGAAUUUAUCGACUUGAAAGGAGUGAUGAUAGAAGUAAUGAAGGACACGUUGAAAUCGAAAUUUUCCACCGAGGUGGAAGCCGCUUGGAACAAAACGAUCGAUAUUCUAUUUUUAAAAAUAUCCGAAGGCAUGGAGCGCACCGCUUCCUGACAAGCGCCAAUCAACGACUUUUUAAUCAGCAUCCGCGUCGUUAUCGCUGUCUAAGUGUACGUAAUCGGUGGCUUCGCUGCUCGUUUCGGUGGUGUACCUGUUCUUUAUUCUUCUCCCAUUCAUUUUCUCCCUUUCGUCUUCGCUUUCCCGCUGCUUUAAUUUCCUACGAAUCACGCGCGAGUGAUUGCAAGAUAAAAGUGGAACCGAAUGAAAUGUGUAAAAUAAGGCGAGGGUCGAGCAAUAGCCGUACUUGUAUUUAACUGUGCGAAAAUGUUCUCUGAUUCUUUGCAAGAUCGUGUAACAUAUCAGCGUUAGCAGUGUUCCCAGCAAUCCUAACAGAGUCGCCAUGAGAAUGACAUCGACCUGCAUCCAAGGAUCUUCCUCCCGUUGGGACGGCUCGAGAGUCACUGGAUGACUGUAAAAUUUAUAAUGGAUACCGGUAACUGAUAUUGUACUAUCGUGAUAGUUUUACUUUCAAAGAAACACGCUGUACGCGUGUUACUAAAUGUCUGUUGGCCAUAAAUAAUGAUCAUUCA